ACCAUCACCACCUCCAUCCGCUUCAUUCCCGACCUUUCCGCUCACCAUUCAUCACAGGAACAACACCACACUCAUCCAACACAACCGCAAUCAUGGUCGUCAACGUCGGGAUCAACGGUUUUGGCCGCAUUGGACGCAUUGUCUUCCGCAAUGCCGUCGAGCACGGCGAUGUCCACGUCGUCGCUGUCAACGACCCGUUCAUUGAGCCACACUACGCCGCCUACAUGCUGAAGUACGACUCCACCCACGGAGUGUUCAAGGGCACCAUUGAGGUCGACGGUGACAAGGGCCUGAUCGUCAACGGCAAGAACGUUCGCUUCCACACCGAGAAGGACCCAGCAAACAUCCCAUGGAAGGAGUCCGGCGCCGACUACAUCGUCGAGUCCACCGGUGUCUUCACCACCACCGAAAAGGCCUCCGCCCACUUGAAGGGUGGCGCGAAGAAGGUCGUCAUCUCCGCCCCAUCCGCCGAUGCUCCCAUGUUCGUCAUGGGCGUGAACAACAAGACCUACACCUCCGACAUUCCCGUCAUCUCCAACGCCUCUUGCACCACCAACUGCUUGGCUCCUCUCGCCAAGGUCAUCCACGAGAAGUUCACCAUGAUCGAGGGUCUCAUGACCACCAUCCACUCCUACACCGCCACCCAGAAGACCGUCGAUGGUCCCUCCGGCAAGGACUGGCGUGGAGGCCGUACUGCGGCCCAGAACAUCAUCCCAUCCUCCACUGGUGCCGCCAAGGCUGUCGGCAAGGUCAUUCCAGACCUCAACGGAAAGCUCACCGGCAUGUCCAUGCGUGUGCCAACCGCCAAUGUUUCCGUCGUUGACUUGACCUGCCGCAUCGAGAAGGGCGCUACCUACGAGGAGAUCACCGCUGCUCUCAAGGAGGCCUCCGAGGGCGAGCUCAAGGGAAUCCUCGCCUACACCGAGGACGACAUUGUCUCCAGCGACUUGAACGGCAACCCUCACUCUUCCAUCGUCGAUGGCAAGGCCGGCAUCUCGCUCAACAAGAACUUCGUCAAGCUCGUCUCCUGGUACGACAACGAGUGGGGUUACUCUCGCCGUGUCAUCGACCUCUUGGCCUACAUCGCCAAGGUUGACGGCAACGCUUAAGCGAAUCGAUCCAAUAUAUUUGAGUCUGGUCCGGAAAAGCAAAUAUUGGGGGAGUCGAAAAGGACAGCAAGCGAGCGUUGAGUUCAGAUACAAUGUCUUCGGUCAGAAGCGAAUGCGAGUUUGCAUCGGAUCAAGCAUGGACAAGCGUAGCUAGCGGCUAGAAAAUCACCACUGAAUAUGAUGCAUGAUGAAUAAAGAAUCGAUCUCGCA